AUAUCAUCUAUUCUAUGGAGGAAGAGAUUAUUGAAGAACAACGACAAGAAGAAGAAGAAGAUUUGAGAGAAGAUAUUUAUAACAUUCAAGGUUGGAGAGAAGAUCAAAAUCCUUCAAUUUCGUUUUUCUUCUCUCAAUAUAGAAGAAGAUAUAUAAUAGAUAUAUAGAUAGAUAGUGUAAUCCUGAUGCUACUACAACUUCAUUUGUGUUGAAAUCUGCGUUGGAUUUCCACGAUUUCAUUUCAUCCUUAUCUAUUGAUGAUGAUGAUGAUGAUGAUAUGAAUCGCAUUUGAUUUCACAAUUGAGAUUUUGAUCAGAUGACGACGACGACGAAGACGACGGACUCUUAUUCAAAUUCGAAGAAGAGAGACGACAUUUGCGACGAUGUUUGCGGCAAGGCACGAGCUCUGUCACUAUCAAGACUCAUUCGAUUUCUAAGAACUGUGGAUCUGAAAACCUAUCUCUUCAUACUCGUCAUUCUGCCUACGGUAAUAGCUGCUAUUUACUUCCAUGUCCAGAAAGUAACACAAUUCCUCCGUCCAUUGUGGCAAAAACCUCCCAAGCCAUUCAAUGAAAUACCUCAUUAUUAUCAUCCAAACGUAUCCAUCAACACUCUCUGCAAACUUCACGGCUGGACCGCUCGUGAAUUUCCUCGUCACGUUUACGACGUCGUCCUCUUCAACAACGAGCUGGAUAUCCUCGAGAUACGAUGGAAGGAGCUUUAUCCUUACGUAACGCGAUUCGUACUUCUCGAAUCGAACUCAACUUUCACAGGCUUACCUAAGGAUUUCAAUUUCGGGAUGAAUCGAGAUAGGUUUGCCUUCGUGGAACCUCGACUCACUUACGCUACAAUCGGAGGGAGAUUCAAGAAAGGAGAGAAUCCAUUCGUGGAAGAAUCUUAUCAAAGACUAGCAUUAGAACAGCUGCUGAAGAUUGCUGGAAUAGAGGAUGAUGAUUUGUUGAUUAUGUCUGAUGUAGACGAGAUUCCGAGCGGGCAUACGGUGGAUCUGUUGAGAUGGUGCGAUGAGAUACCUCAGAUUGUUCAUCUUCAUUUAAGGAACCAUCUUUAUUCAUUCGAGUUUCCAUGGUAUCACAGGAGUUGGAGAGCAUCUGCACAUCGAUACCAGAAAGGAAGAACUCGAUAUGCUCAUUUUCGGCAAUCGGAUUAUCUGUUAGCAGAUUCGGGUUGGCAUUGUAGCUUCUGCUUUCCUAAAAUAAGUGAUUUCAUCUUCAAGAUGAAAGCUUACAGUCAUAAUGAUCGAGUUAAGGCACCUUAUUUUCUUGAUCCAGAAAGAAUUCAAAACAUAAUCUGCAAAGGGGGUGAUCUUUAUGAUAUGCUACCUGAAGAGUACACAUUCAAGGAGAUCAUAGGAAAUCUGGGAUCGAUUCGUCGUUCUUAUUCGGCGAUUCAUCUUCCUGCUUAUUUGUUGAACAAUGCUGAGAGAUUUAAAUAUCUUCUUCCUGGAGGAUGUAAAAGAGAGAGUGAUUGAUUGAUAGUUUGCAAAUCUUUCUCUGUUAUUAUGAACAAGAACAAAUAUACUUUUCUCUUUAAU